UUUUUUGGAAAAUUAUCCUAUUGAAGAUCCGGGAUGAAGGAGACCAAAAUUGGACUGGCGGAUGGAGUUUAUUGGGGCGACGAUUCUUCUCGUGUUCUUGUGUCCGUCGGCGAUCGGAGGCCGGAGCGGUGAGGACUAUGUCCGGCCGCUACCUCGCGAAACCCUAAGCCUUCCGUGGAGGCCUGUGCGCUCCUCCGAUCCGCAACAGGUUCAUAUCUCUUUGGCAGGGAUAAAUCACAUGCGAAUAACAUGGAUCACCGAUAACAAAUCUUCUCCAUCUAUAGUCAAAUAUGGAACUUCACCGGGAGAGUACACUUCCUCAUCUCAAGGGGAGAGUACAUCGUACAAAUAUUUAUUUUAUAACUCAGGGAAGAUACAUCAUGUUGUUAUUGGACCCCUUGAGAGUAACACGACUUACUUCUACCAAUGUGGGGAACAAGGUCCAGAGUUCCAGCUUAAGACCCCACCUGCAGAGUUUCCCAUAACGUUUGCAGUUGUUGGUGACCUUGGUCAAACAGGCUGGACAAAAUCAACUCUAGAUCACAUAAGUCAAUGCAAAUAUGAUCUGCAUCUUCUCCCUGGGGAUCUCUCCUAUGCCGACUACCAGCAGCAUUUGUGGGAUUCUUUUGGAACACUGGUGCAGCCACUUGCUAGUACUAGACCAUGGAUGGUGACCGAAGGAAACCAUGAGAAGGAGAGUAUAUUGUUUUUUGAAUCGAGAUUUCAAGCAUAUAACGCAAGGUGGAAGAUGCCUUAUCAAGAGAGUGGUUCAACAUCCAAUCUGUAUUACUCAUUUGAGGUGGCAGGGGCUCACAUUAUCAUGCUUGGUUCUUACACAGAUUAUGAUGAGAAUUCAGAACAAUAUGCUUGGUUAAAGGCUGAUCUUGCCAAGGUAGACAGGGAAAAGACACCGUGGCUACUAGUUCUAUUACAUGCACCGUGGUAUAACAGCAACUGGGCACAUCAAGGCGAAGGAGAAGCCAUGAUGGCUUCCAUGGAGUCAUUGCUUUAUGCUGCUGGGGUAGACAUAUUUAUCGCAGGCCAUGUGCAUGCUUACGAGAGAAUGGAGCGGGUCUUUAAUGGAAGAGUAGAUCCUUGUGGCCCUGUGCACAUAACCAUCGGAGAUGGGGGUAACAGGGAAGGUUUAGCUCAAAGAUUUUUUAAGCCAAAGCCAGAGUGGUCUGUUUUCAGGGAAGCAAGCUUUGGUCACGGGAAACUGAAGAUUGUGAACUCAACUCACGCAUUUUGGAGUUGGCACCGAAAUGACAAUGACGAAUCAGUUAACUCAGAUGAGUUUUGGAUCACUUCAUUAUCCACUUCAGGAUGCAUUGUCAGGAAGGGCUGGAAAAUUCUGAUGUCUCCUUGAAUCAUUCCAGUCUGAGAGCUGUUUGGUUUGGAAGUGUUGGUGUAGAUAAGAAAUCAAAUCACAGUAAGCUAAUGCGUGCAAAGGUUGUUUGUUAUGCAUGAAAGCGUUGCUUAGUCGAUUGGUGUCACGAUCGUAUCUGUGUGAUGUGCAUUAUGGUUUUAGAACUACUCAGGACACCACCAGUAUUUCGUCACUGUAACUUGAUAGAUGAUUCACCGAAUAAAAGGAUACUCUGUUUUUUGUUUGAUUA